AGUGGCAGAAUAACCUGUUCUACAGAGCCUCUGCAGCAGAACACGCUGUCUCUGACGGUAUAACAAUGUACCGAGCAAAAUUGUGACAUCACAUGGCGCGUCUUCCACCUCACAGUCCACUUCUUUCAGUCCGCUACACGUGGGAAUGCCCGAUCCCAGACGGCGAGGCGACCGUCUCUCUACGUGGCAGUGCAGUACAUCUGCGUAUGAUCACGAUGCCCGAGAGGAGCAUCUCCUGCUUCACGAAUUAGGCGUCACGCGCGUUCCGUAACCUCUGACGCACAGAGUGAAUGAAACUGUGCAAUGUGAGAUGAUGCGUCUGUGUCUUUCUUUUUGCUCUCACUUGGAACAAAGUGAACUAUACAGCUGCUUGUGAAAUGUCCACACUCUUCUGCAUUUUUCGGACAUUACCCCCAGGCUUGUGACAGCUGAAGCCUCUGUGACGAUGUCACGCGUGGGACGAUGCACUUGUCUUACUGACUUGUCACAGGAGAAAAGCACGGGUGGAACUAAUGAGGGCUCCGCGGUAAUUAAUAUCCAUCUGUCAUCGCUGGGCUUGACAGCUAAGGAGAAAUAAUGGGGAGGAAAAAAAACUAUUUUGCUGUUUGUCAAGUUGUUCGUGUCAGUGAGCAGCUUACCGUCUCACGAUUAAAGAUUAAAUAUAUGCAGCAAAACUAAUGAUUGGAACCAAUGAUUGGAAAUCAUCACAAUACGACCAACAGCACGGUGAGAUUUAAAAUAGGCUUUUUGCUUUAUUACCAAGAAUGAAAUGAGAAGCUUGACAUUAAGCAUAAAGAAGCAUGGGCACGACGUAAAGCUUUAGAGGAGUAGCAGGCGUGGUGGCAGACUCUGACUGGCCGAGAAGGGUUAGAAAAAAAAACUUUAAAACCUUAAGAAAUUAUUCUUAAUCCCAUUGACCAUCCAAGGGGGACUGCAGAGUAUCUUUUAAAAAAGACAAACACCCCACAUCUGGUCUUAGAGUUAAGCUUAAGUUUAAUGACCUUAAGGUACAAACAUAAACAUGGCUUUGAUCUUCUCAUGUUCUGCAAUAAAUAUUCCUCUAAAAUUAAAAGGAAGCCACAAAAUGCUUUUUUCUUUCACCAAAGAAAAGCCAUCCGGAAAUUAUUUACAUUCAGUUCCAAAUUGAUAAAAAUGAAGUAUACAUAAUAUCCUUCAGAAUUAGGUGGAUUUACUAUUUAUGAGGCAAUGUAUUUAAAUUGAAUUAACACGCACAGAAAGGCGUUGGUAGUUCCUGUUACGGUCUUGUUACGGUUUUAAUCUCAUUAACAGUCACAAACCUGCUGCAACACUUUACUCGCUGCCUCCUCUGAGAUGUCAAGGUUGUGUCGACGUCAGCCGCGUUUGUCAUAGUUAACAAAGUGCGUGUGAAAGAUGUGUGUCCGUACUCCAGGAACCAACUGCAAAGCUUUAAUGCUCACGAGUCCAUGUAAACCGCCGACUUUCAGCAAACGAGCUUAAUACUACUAACCUGAAACCCAGUUUGCAUCAGUACGUUACGCUUUCAUCCUGCUUCCUUUCAUGCUGGAGCAGAUGACGUGUCUUCACCCAGAGAGAGCUGCCGUCCCCCCGAGGCUAAAUGUGACUAGAAUAGAAAUAUUACACACCAGAGCUCCACUUAGUGAAGGAUUUAAGGGCCCCAGGAGGAGUCGGGGAGUGGAUGUCAGCGGGGGGUAUCACCCUGAUUAUGUGCGUCCUGGCCCCCACGUCGCGUGGCUCAGUUAUCCACGGCCGUAGCCAAAUCUUGUCUACCUCCAAGAAGGUCAACCAUUCUUUCAUCUCAGGGUAAAUUAAAUCUGGUGUGUGUGUGUGUGUGUGUAUGUGUGUGUGUGUUGCAGUUAAAUGUUUGAUAUAUGCACAGAACGAAAGUCUGAUGCCAGAUUGAUAGAAAAGUGUUACAGGGCCAUUUGGAGUGAGUCCAUACAUCACUGUAAAUGAAUAUUUCAGCAAAGACUUUCAACUUGGACAUGAUUUGCUUUGUUUUCAUUGACUUUUCUUGAAGAAAUAUCCAUUUCGUUCAAAGAGAUGCAGCGAACAGGAUACUCGGGGAGCGGUGUUGAGAUUGAAACACAGCGUUGCGUUUGAUAUCCUUGUUCUCACUGUGCGGUAUAUGAUUAUUUGAAAGCUGAAUUAUUCUUCAGUCCACUUGAGACAACUAUCACCAGCAAUACAUGUUUUCUUAGGAUCUUUAAUGCUUCUGCCAAGCUAGAAGAAAAUGAAUCUUGCCCGACCCAACUUGGUAUUACAACUUGAAAGACGGUUUUCAUGACCCUUUUCUGUAAUUGCUAUUAUUAUUAUUUUUUCCUGUGAACGUAAUGCAAUGGAUUGCAGGAUAGAUCUGCGCCCCUGUAUCUCUCUCAAGCAGGCCACCGCAGCGUAGACAGGACUGCAAAGUGUGUGCUGGAGGAGGAGGAGGGAGCUUAUUUACUGUGCUGACCCACCAGCCGGGGUUUCUGCAGUUAAUCAGUUUGUGUGGAAACGAGAGAGAGUGAGAGGCACAUGACCUGCGCCAACCACGAACACUGGGUAAUAUGACUGUGAGGCGCUGCUCCAUCAAUUUGAGAAUGCAUCUGUUUAUUCAAUCUAAAACGCAUAUUCACAUGCAGUUGUUGUUCUGCGGUGCCAAAUUUGAUAUUGGAUCAUUGUCUGUUAGUAUUAAUCACUGUAACCACGUUGCAUAUGUGCCACUCUCUCUUUUCCUUCUCUGUCUGUCUCUCCCUUAGAGGACGACGUGGUGUCCAUGGCGGACUCCACCAUCACCACGGACGACAUCGAAGGGGAGCUUUUUAAGAUUGACCGGAUCAGGGACGUCCUGGUCAGGAGGGAGUCAGAGCUCAGAUACAUGAUGGAUGACAUUCAGCUGUGCAAGGAGAUUACACGUCUGAAGAAGGAGCUGCAGAAAUUGGUAUCCAUCCCAGAUAAUGACAAGUCCAACGAGGACCGUCAGAAGGAAGAAGAAUUGCUGCAGCAGAUCCACAAGCUGGUGGAGACCAGAGAUUUCCUGGUGGACGACGUGGAGUUCGAGCGACUCAGGGAGAAAGAAGAAGACAAAGAAAUGGCAGAUUUUCUGAAAUCCAAAUUCCCAAGAACUAUGAGGAAGAAAGGUGCACCAACCAGACGGGUGCCAUCCAGGUCUCAGCAGGCCUCCUCUCCCUUCGCCAAGACGGGCCUCACCCUACUGAAGGAGUGCUGCGGCUUCACUUGCUCCAUCAUGUAGACCGGGGGCCCCCGCUGCAGGCGCUGACACAGGGGCCCACAACCUAGAAAUAUCUUUGAGUUUCAGCCCGACAAAGACUUUGGAGCAUGGCUGGAGCAGUGCGGUAGCAUUUUGACAGAGGGAGAGGGGGAGAAACGGAUGUCGCAAACAUCACGUGCUGAUUAUCGGAUCUGUUUGUCUCUUUCAUUGGAUUUCAUCACCCAGCUCUCAUCUCAAGGCUGUUUUGUUUUUUUUACUCAUCACGGCCUUCAAAAAGAAACUACCCAACCCAUUAUGUCUAUUUCAUAUGUUUUUGCAGAAAGUACGUCGGAGGUCAGGGAUGUACUGUGUGCACACUAAUUUAAAUCAACUAUGACAACAUUGAGAUUUAUAUUUAAGACAAUACUGAACUAUGAUAACUGUACUGUGUGAAUGAAAAAUAAAAUAAAAAGUAGAUGUUCCA